AUGGAGAAUGCCAAAACAAAUCACACACCCAUGGGAAUAACAACAAGACUUGAGGAGGAUCCACAAGGAACAAGUGUGGAUCAAACCACUUACAGAGGUAUGAUUGGUUUAUUGUUGUAUUUAACAGCUAAUAGACAUGACAUUUUGUUUAGUAUUGGACUAUGUGCUAGAUUUCAAUCAAAUCCUAAAGAAUCACAUCUAACUGUUGUUAAAAGAAUUUUGAGAUACCUCAAAGGAAUAGAUGACAUGUGUCUGUUCCAUCCUAGAAGUGAUGACUUUGUGCUUAGAGGAUUUACUGAUGCUGACUAUGCUGGUGACUUAGUCAACAGGAAAAGCACCUCAGCUAAGGUAGAGUAUGUAGCUGCUCUCAAGUUUUAUGGAUUAAACAACAGUUCCGUGACUUAG